AUGAAAAAAUAUAUAUUAGAAUUAAAUUGGUAUAUAAAUAAAUAUAAAAAAUUAUUUAAAUAUAAUAAAAUAAAAAAAAAGAAUAAAAUUUUUAUAAUUUUAUAUAAAAAAUAUAUAUUAAUUAUAAAAAAAUUGAUAUAUUUAAAUAUUAUUUAA